AAUCCAUGCGAAUAAAAUCCGCGAGAGCGCGCGUCUCUGAUUCUCUUUAGCGUUCACUUUUUCAGAAUGAGAAACUGAGUGAAGAGGCCCAAAAAAUAAAAAUAAAAAUAAAAUAAAAUGAAGGGCUCUUCCUCUGCACUUCUUCUCUUCUCCAUUCUGAUUUUGAUGAUUUCUUCUUCCAGCCAAGACUCCUCAUUCAAAGGUGUUGGCCUAGGAAAUCCAACUUUAGAUGUCAUUCCAUCCACACUUCCCGGGCAUUUAUCCAGUCGUGGUUCUAAAGAUGUUUUAUUGUGUGAACGUGUCCAAGUUGCUGGUCUGUCAAGAUUGAAACUUGGGCAUUAUGCAAGUUCAUUUAGGGUUACUGUGGCUCCAUCUGUAGUAAUACCUGAGAGAUUACACAGCAAAAUUCUGGUUUGUUUCCAUGGGAAUGCUUCCCUUGGAUCAUGUCAGUGUGAAAAGGAUGAAUGGAAAACUAGUCAGAAGGGACUUUGGAACUUUGUCAUGUCACCUUAUGAGGACCGAUAUGUUGAUGUGAAGUUCAUUGGUGAAAUAUCUGGUUCUGUCACUGUCUCAGUUGAAGAAGAUUUUCAAAGAUGGCGCCUGUUUUGCCUUGCAUUGGGAUUUUUCUUACUCUUGCUAGCACCAGUUGUCAGCAGUUGGGUUCCCUUUUAUUACAGCAGUUCAAUGGCUAUUGGGAUUUUGCUUGUGAUCAUAAUCCUUCUUUUUCAGGGAAUGAAAUUAUUACCCACAGGGAGGAAAAAUUUCUUCUACCUCACUAUUUAUGGAUCAGUUCUUGGAGCUGGUUCUUUUCUUUUACAUCAAUUCUCAAUGCUGGUGAAUACAAUCCUUGUCAAUUUUGGGCUGAGUGAAGAGAUGCACAACCCUGUCUCCAUAUUUGCAUUAGUAGGUCUUAUCCUCGCAGGAGCAGCACUUGGGUACUGGAUUGUGCGAAAAUUUGUUAUUUCAGAAGAUGGAAGUGUUGAUGUUGGUGUAGCUCAAUUUGUUAAAUGGGGAAUGCGCCUCAUUGCUACCACAUUUAUUUUACAGAGCACACUUGAUACUCCUCUAGCCUUGGGGGCAUUAGUUUCUUGUUGGGCCAUCUGGAUUCUUAUUACAUCCCCAAAGUGGCGACGUCGAGUGUAUAAAAAAUAUUCAGAGAAUAGAAGUCCUUGGGGAUGGAAAUCUAGACAGGCAACUGCAAAGCACAACCGUGCUGAGUUUCUUAGCAGGUCAGGAAAGACAGUCCCUCGUGGGACACCAUGGGAUAGCCCAAAGAGUUCAUCUGCUUGGUCUGAUUCACCGGUUAGAGGUGUGAUAUCUAGACACAAAACUAGAGGGAUAAGAAAUCAACAGGAUUACUAUUCGACCUUUCACAAGACACCUUCACGAAAGAAGUUCUCGAAGAAGGAUUGGGAGGAUUUCACACGGGAAUCAACUAGACAGGCCAUGGGAGACAUGGUAUCCUCUCCAGAGUUCACUGAUUGGAUUGUUGAGCAUGCUGACCGAAUACAAGUCCUUCCUGACGACAGUUCAGACGAAACCAUUGGAAGCGGGUCGGAUUCUACGGAGGAGACUGCUGUAUUGAGUGGCAAUCGGCCUGGUUUAUUCAAGUGGCAGCGAGUUUAGUAUAACACAUUCAGGACGCUGCAUCCUUUCAUGGAAACAUCCUUAGGCUGUGGAUCCUCCAUAUUAACAUGUAGCAUUAUGGAAACUCAAGUUCAAAUUGUGGUACAGGUUUAGGAAAUAGUUUUUUUUUUUUUUUUUCCCUAGGUUUGGUGACUAUGAGACCCCCGUCACACUGUUUUGCAUCAAACUAUAAGCCUCGUGGCAAUUUUGUGAAAAUUACAGUUAGUGCUCGCCGAAUUCUCAUUCUUAGACUAACUGUAUUCCUUGUAGCAGUUUUGUUAAAAUUGCAUUUAUAGGGUUCUGCUC